AUGUCUAAACGACAAAUACCCAAUGAAUACGAUAUUUUAAUAUCUCCUAAUCAACCACCUCAAAAAUCUACAAAAGUUGGUGAUUCUGAGCUCAGAAUAACAUUACUCGGUGCUGGACAGGAAGUUGGUAGAUCAUGUUGUCUGAUAGAGUAUAAAGGAAAGAGAAUUGUAUGUGAUGCAGGUGUACACCCAGCUUAUACCGGAUUAGCUGCAUUACCUUUCAUUGAUGAGCUUGACUGGUCAACUGUGGACGCAUUACUGAUUACUCACUUCCACUUGGAUCAUGCAGCAGCAUUGACAUAUAUUAUGGAGAAGACAAAUUUUAAAGAAGGAAAAGGAAAAGUUUAUAUGACAAGUCCUACGAAGGCUGUUUAUCGCUUUAUGAUGCAGGAUUUCGUUAGAAUAUCGACAACAUCAGCAGAAGAUCAGUUAUUCACAGAAUCUGAAAUGAUAGCUAGUUGGAGAAGUAUUCAAGUUUCAGAUUUUAAUCAGGAAAUCGUACCUGCAAGUGGUGUGCGAUUCACACCAUAUCCAGCUGGGCAUGUUCUCGGUGCAGCGAUGUUUUUAAUAGAAAUUGCUGGUCUAAAGGUUCUCUACACUGGCGAUUAUAGUAGAGAAGAGGAUAGACAUUUGCACGCAGCUGAAAUACCGAAAGAACAGACAGAUGUCCUUAUCGUUGAAUCAACUUAUGGUGUUCAAACACUAGAAAAUAGACCAGAGAAAGAGAAAAGAUUUACUGAACUCGUUCAUAACAUCAUCCGUCGAGGCGGCCGAGUGUUAAUGCCCUCAUUUGCUUUAGGUAGAGCGCAGGAACUGUUGUUGAUUUUAGAUGAAUAUUGGCAACGUAAUCCAGAUCUACAUAGCAUACCAAUUUAUUAUGCAUCUAACUUGGCUAGGAAAUGUAUGGCAGUCUAUCAAGCCUACAUCCGUACAAUGAACAAAAACAUAAAUAGAAGGUUCGACAGUGGUGAAAAUCCAUUUCAAUUUAAAUUCAUUAGUGAAUUAGGUGAUUUAAGGAAAUGGCAAGACAAAGGACCUUGUGUUAUGUUGGCUUCACCUGGUAUGCUUCAAAGCGGAACCUCUAGAGAGUUAUUAGAAAGAUGGGCACCAGAUCCAAAGAAUGGAUUGAUUAUUUGCGGUUAUUCCGUCGAAGGUACGAUGGCUCACAGUAUAGUCAAUGAACCUGACGAGAUUACUGGUAUAAAUGGCAAUAAAAUACCUAGGAAGCUCAGUGUAGACUACAUCUCAUUUAGUGCGCAUGUGGAUUUCACCCAAAACACUCAAUUUAUAGACGAAAUUAAACCACAACACGUUGUUUUAGUUCACGGUGCAUUGACAAAUAUGUCAAGAUUAGCUGCCGCUCUUAGGAGUAGAUAUGCGGAUAGGGGUUUGGACAUCAAGGUACAUAUGCCAAAGAAUGCAGAACCUUUGAAAUUAGAAUUUAAACCGGAGAUGACUGCCAAAGCUAUCGGAAAACUAGCGGAAAAGCAACCAGCUGAAGGAGAAAUAGUACAAGGAUUGCUUGUUAAUAAGGAUUUCACAUAUACCCUUCUCGACAGAUCUGAUUUGAAAGAUUUUGCUGGUUUGGCUACGAACACUAUUAUUCAACAACAGAAAGUUAACAUUGGCGUCAGCUGGGAACUUAUAAGAUGGCACUUAGAAGGAAUGUAUGGCAGUAUCAAUGAAGGUAUUGAUAACGAUGGCGUGCCAACAAUGAGAAUUAUGGAAACUGUUGAUGUCAAGCAAGCUCCUGAGAACAACUUAUUGCUUGAAUGGAAAGCAGGUGCUAUGAAUGAUGCUAUCGCAGACUCAGUGCUUGCAUUGACGCUUAGUAUUGAGACAAGUCCCGUUUCAGUUAAGAGUGAGUUACCAUUUAUCUAA